AUGAAAACUUAAUUAUAAAGAGGUUCAUAUGGAGAAUUAUCAUCCAUUCGUUCUUACCCCACUGAGAAAUUGAAUACUCAGUCUGAUAGCGAAUUGAUUGAAGUUGACAUGGAGAAACUAAAUUUCCAUUCAUAUUACUUAGCCUCUGAUCCAAUUCAAUUAUAAUCAAUCCAAGUGGAAGGAGAGCUUUAUAUUAAAGAUUUCAUGAAAAAGUUAAUUGCCAUAGUCUCAAAAAAAAUCACUGAAAAUGAGCAAAUCAAAAUGCUACCAAUCAUAGGCUAUUAAUCUUCGAUAGAUAGAAUGUCACAUCCGAUUCAAUAAUACUUUAGACAACAUGAAGAUCCUACCUUUGAUUAUUUGACUGGUGGAUUAGAAGAAGAUGAAGAACCUGUUAGGUUCCAACAGGAAUAAUGGUUGGUAUAAAAAAUAAAUUCACUACCUGCCAAGUUAUUGGAAGUAGAAUAACAAAGCACAAAUUCCAAUCGUCAAUCUUUAACUGCUUAAACCUUUAUGAGAUCAAGAGUCUUAAUUUAAGAUUAAGCUUAAUUGAAUAAUUAAAAAAAUGUAAAAGAUAAAGAAAAAUUACCUGGAAUUGUUGAUCUAAAUGAUCCACUAGAUAUAAGUGCAACUGAAGAACUAUUAAGAGCAUAAAAAGAAAGAGAUUAUAAGGUUAAAUAAGACUUAAAAGAACAAGAAAGAAAGAGAAGGCAAAAAGAAUUGGAAGAAUAACAGUUAAAAUAUGAUCUCAUAUCUAAAGAUAAAAAAUCCAAAUUGUACACUUACGAUUAUGAUGGAAAAUUGAUUUCAGUAGUAACAUUGAAAGGCCAUAAAUUUCCACCUACAGCUGCAACAUUAGGAUCCAAGUUCGAAGAUGGCCAAACUAAAUUAAGCAUGUUCAAUAAAAGGAAAACAGUUUUUUAGAAUUCAGGUUCCCAAAUCAAAAAAAAACAAGAGGACGAGAAAGACAAAGAUACCAAAGAACAAAUUAAAUUUUAAUCUCUAGCUCCCCUUGUUAAUGAAAAUAUGCAUUUACAAUAAGGAGUUCUUAUGAUUCAAGAAGGUAGAGUUAGAGAAGGGCCUAAGGAUUAACCAAUCAGUCUAGAAAAAAUGAGUGAUCCUGCUUUAAGAAUGGUCAGAAAUGAAUAUUUGUCUCUGACUUAAUAAAUUAAUGCUUCUCAUAAUUAAUCAUCUGCAUAAUUGGUCAAAGCUGAAGAUGCUUAAAUUAAAGAUUUCACAAAUGAUCAUGAUUAAAAAUAAAUUCUCAAUAGAAUCCGUCGAUUAAGCUAGCCAAGUAUAACAAGUGAUGGGAAUAUAAAGAUUAACUCGAUGCAAAUUUACGAAUAAGUGGCUUAAGUUAUCUUCGAUGAUAAAGAAUAAUAUCCUAUUUCAACUGCUAAACUAAAUAAUAAUAAUACAAAAGAUGUGCGAAUGAUGAGAUCCCCAACAGAUCAAUAUAACAUUUCGCUCUAUAAGAAUACCGCCUGGGGCAAAGAAGUUCCAUCCACUUAGAGUAAUACUACAAAACUGAAAGGCAACAAAGCUAGUGCUAAAGAUAUCUUAUCUACUGUUGGGGUAGUCGUUAAAAGAACUAGGGAAAGAAGAGGUAAUUCAGAAACUACACAUCUACCAAAAAUGAAGAAUAUUUCUCAAUUUUGA